UUUUAAUAGUCGAGGUAUAUUCUGUAAACCUAUAACUGUUUAUCUGUACACUAUUGUGAACAUUUUUAAUACAUUUUUGCAAAGACUCAUCCUCCUUUUCUUCCUCUGAUGAAACACCACUGGGCAUAGCCUAGCCUUACAAAAAUGCACCGGCUUUUAUUUGUUCACCUCUUCUCUCUCCAUCUCUUACAGUGUUUCACAGUUGCAGUUAAUUGUUUCAAAAACGUCUGAAAUUAUACACUUUUUUGGUUAUCUUGUCUUACUUCCAUCAAAGAUGCUUAUCCAAAAAACAGAAAUCUUCAUCCCCUUUGAUGAGCAUGAGGAGCUCAUCACAGCCCUCCUUGCAGGGCGGUGGUGGGCAGUAAUGGAGGUCGAAGACCACUUACGCUCCUCAUGUGAGAAGGGUGAGUUUGGGGACCCCCCUACAGACCAGCAAAUAGAGGCCCCACAUGCAGCACCCGUUCCUGUCAGCUCCAAUCAGGAACUGCCUGUGCAUUCCAGGAUCCUAAAAGGACCAGUUGUUCCCAAAAGGUCCCAACAGGAAGUGCCUGUGUCUUCCAGGACCACAAAAGGACCGACUGAUCUGGACGAGUCUCAGUGGGAAGUGUCUGUGCUUUCCAGGAACCUGCAAGGAGCAACUGUUCCUGACGGGUCCCAACAGGAAGCACCUGUACCAGCUAGGCCGCCACUGAGGCAGAAUCGGUGGGUCCCUGAAAAUAUGAGGCAGUAUCUGGCAAGGAAAUCCAUUUUAACAUCUUUGCCUAUAAGGCAACCCAUUGGACGACCUAUACCUGCAGCAUCCCCUGUGCAAGCACCUGUGCCUGCUGCGUCUCCUGAGGAAGCACCUGUUCUGGCCAGAUCCCUGCAAGGAGCAACUGCUGCCAAUUGGUCCCAACAGGGAGCACCAGUUCCUGCCAGGCCCUCACUGUGCAGAAAACUAAGGGUCCCUGAAAACAUGAGGCAGUAUGUGACAAGGAAUAUAAUUUUAACGCCUUUGCCCCUAAGGCAACCCAUGGGAAAACCUACAUCUUCCAGGGCACCUGUUCCCACUGCAUCCCCUGAGCAACCUCUGUCUUUUGCAUAUCCUGAGGAUGCACCUGAUCUGGCCAGGACUCCUGAGGAUACACCUAUGCUUGGUGUGUCCCCUGGGGGAGCACCUCUUCCAGCCAUUUCACCUGUGCUUGCUGCAUACACUGAGGAGGCACCUAUACUCACCACCUCCCCUCAGGGAGCACCUCUUUCAGCCAGAUUCUCUAAGGGAGCACAUGUGCCUGCAGCGUCCUUGGAAGCAGCCCCUGUUCCUGUCAGCUCCAAUCAGGAACUGCCUGUGCCUUCCAGGAUCCUAAAAGGACCAGUUGUUCCCAACGGGUCCCAACAGGAAGUGUCUGUGUCUUCCAGGACCCCAAAAGGACCAACUGAUCCAGACAAGUCUCAAUGGGAAGUGUCUGUGCUUUCCAGGAACCUGCAAGGAGCAACUGUUACUGAUGGGUCCCAACAGGAAGCACCUGUGCCAGCUAGGCCGCCACGGAGGCAGAAACUGAGGGUCCCUGAAAAUAUGAGGCAGUAUUUGGCAAGGAAAUCAAUUUUAACAUCUUUUCCUAUAAGGCAACCCAUGGGACAGCCUAUACCCACAGCAUCCUCUGUGCAAGCACCUGUGCCUGUUGCGUCCCCUGAGGAAGCACCUGUUCUGGCCAGAAUCCUGCAAGGAGCAACUGGUGUCAAUUGGUCCCAACAGGGAGCACCAGUUUCUGCCAGGCCCUCACUGUGCAGAAAACUAAGGGUCCCUGAAAACAUGAGGCAGUAUGUGACAAGGAAUAUAAUUUUAACGCCUUUGCCCCUAAGGCAACCCAUGGAACGACCUACAUCUUCCAGGGCACCUGUUCCCACUGCAUCCUCUGAGCAACCUCUGUCUGCUGCAUCCCCUGUGGAAGCACCUGUACCGGCCAGGUCCAAUGAGGGAGCACCUAUGUCCUGUGCAUCCCCCAGGGAAGUACCUGUACCCUCCACAUCCUCUGAGGGAGUGCCUGUGCUUUCUGCAUUGCAAGAGGAAGUACCUGUGCCUGCUGGUUCCUCUGAGGGAGCAGCCGUGUCUACUGUUCCAGCCAGUUCCCAUGGGGGAUCAGCUAGACCCAUCAGGUUCCACAAGAGAGCACACAGACUUACCACAUCCCCACAGGGGUCACCUCGGAAAAGGUCAUCCCCAUGGAGCAAUGAAGCUUCAGACAAUGUAGGCAUGGUUCAGCUUCCUCUACUGAAAAAAACAAUGUAUGGACAAAGACUGCACGGCCUUUCCAAGUUCUCAGCACAAUCUGAAGAGGCUGUGCCCAUGGACCCCUGGAGACUCCGUAAAUCUCUCCUAUCUGUUAUUUUGCUUUUCAGAUUUGUUAAAAAACCUUUAUUUUAA